AUGUCUGGGUAUAAACAGAAACCACCAACUCCAAAUCGUACUCCUAAACGACUUGAAUCAACGGCAAAGCCUCAAGCUAACAAUUUUGGUACCGAGCAAUAUUCGCCACCAUCGAAACUGGAUAGCAAUGUCAAGGAAAUGGAAUUGACAUCUAAAUAUGCAAUGCUGGAAGAGCAGAAUCUCCAAAUAAUCGAUGCUUAUGCUAGACUUCAAAAGUUGUCGAAUGAUAAAGAUGUCGAAAUUGAACGACUCAAACUGCAAGCAGAUGCUGCCGAACUCCACAAGUUUGAGCUGCAAGAUCAAUUGUCGGAUCUGGAAAUCCAGUUAUUGCAUUACCAAAGAACUGUAUCUAAUUUGACAACCGACUUGGAUAACAGUAAUAUGAUGCUGAUGUCUGAACAGGCUUCUGCGGCAGCAGCAAAACAGGACCUGGAAGCUAAAGUUAUCGAUCUGGCUUUGUUACUUGCUGAAAACAAAGACUCUAUGAAUAACACCAACGGGUUUCUGCACGAGUCCGCGGAAGAUUUCCAAGUCGAACAUUCGCACCAGUCAGAUGAAAUGAUAGAAGAGUUGCGGAAACAUUUGAACGAGGCAAUAAAUGCUACGCACGAGGCAAUUAUUCAAGUAGAGGACAGAGAUGAGAAAAUCGAUGAGCUUACUGAGCAACUUACAUUGAAGGAGCAAGCCAACCAUCAACUGCGAGAGCACUUGGAUAUCAUGACACGUCAAGUGAGUGCACUUCAAGAACAGCACGAGACUUUAGCAGCUACUAUUGAAUCGCAUGAUAUGGAUGCUGAACUUUCUGAUUUUAAACUCACCUCUGGAUCAAUUGAAUCGAAAACUCCUUUGAGUAUUUUUAACACGUCCAAUGUCCAUUAUAAUGAAACUUUGAAACCAACCAAGCUCAAUCAGCUGAAAUCACCAUCUUCAUCUGUGCAUACUACCACUUUACUUGCCAAUGAACUGACCGAACUAGAUAUGGACACAAAACUGGCAGUAGAACUUGAUAAACUAUACACUCAUAAUCUAAAACUAGUGCGUCUAUUUGUCACAGCAUUAGACCCAAUCUCAUCCUGUAGUAUAUCUAAAUGA